GUUGCAAGAAACCAAACUCACUGUCAUCGAAUGGAUUCACUCAUAUCAACCCUUUUGGAUCUUUGCCCUCGUGGGUUUCGGAGACUUUAACUCUUCACUGGGGUGAAAGCGUGGUAUUUUUCCCGAAGAGCAGCUAGGGGGUUCAAACUGCUGACUUUGCAGUUAGCGACCCGUUAGGAACUGCAACAAGAUGCUGAAGGAACAGGCUUGUGCAUCGACGAGCACGAACAUUCUAGAGAACGAAUAUUCGAUGGAGAGGCGCGUGGGUGGUAUGCGGAGCAGGCGUGGCACGGCCGCCUCAAGCAUUUAGAAAAGGAAAGUGUGGCACCAACACUAGGGAAAAGGCCCCUUGUUUCCGGCCGGCGCCCCCCCCCACCCCCACCCCCUGGAUUAUUCGGCUCUGUUUAUUCAGCGAUCACAAACACGAAUCUAGGAUUGCCCCUCUCAUGGCGGAGGUGAAGGUGAAAGUGCAGCCGCCGGAAGCGGAUCCGAUCGAAUUAGAAAACAGGAUUAUAGAAUUAUGUCACCAAUUCCCUCAUGGGAUCACAGACCAAGUAAUUCAGAAUGAAAUGCCUCAUAUAGAAGCCCAGCAGCGGGCAGUGGCCAUCAAUAGACUACUGUCCAUGGGUCAGUUGGAUCUCUUAAGGAGCAAUACAGGCCUUCUGUAUAGAAUAAAGGAUUCUCAGAAUGCCGGUAAAAUGAAAGGAUCAGAUAACCAGGAAAAACUAGUAUAUCAAAUCAUAGAGGAUGCAGGAAAUAAAGGAAUAUGGAGCAGAGAUAUCCGAUAUAAAAGUAACUUGCCACUAACAGAAAUCAACAAAAUUCUAAAGAAUUUAGAAAGCAAAAAGCUUAUUAAAGCUGUUAAAUCUGUAGCUGCUUCAAAGAAGAAGGUGUAUAUGCUUUAUAACCUUCAGCCAGACCGGUCUGUGACAGGUGGAGCCUGGUACAGCGACCAGGAUUUUGAAUCAGAAUUUGUAGAAGUACUUAACCAACAGUGUUUUAAAUUCCUACAAAGCAAGGCAGAAGCUGCGCGAGAAAGCAAGCAGAAUCCCAUGAUACAAAGAAAUAGUUCAUUUGCAUCAUCACACGAAGUGUGGAAAUAUAUCUGUGAAUUGGGGAUCAGUAAGGUAGAGUUGUCCAUGGAGGACAUUGAAACCAUCUUGAACACACUCAUUUAUGAUGGGAAAGUGGAGAUGACUAUCAUUGCUGCAAAAGAAGGCACAGUUGGGAGUAUAGAUGGACAUAUGAAACUGUAUAGGGCUGUGAGCCCAAUCAUACCACCGACAGGUUUGGUCCGGGCCCCCUGUGGACUCUGCCCAGUUUUUGAAGACUGCCAUGAAGGCGGUGAGAUUUCACCAUCUAACUGUAUUUAUAUGACAGAGUGGCUUGAAUUUUAGAAGAGCCAUAAAUUUUAUUGACAUUUUACAAAUGAAAUUAGUGAGCAAUUUUAUUCAUAAUGGAGCAUCAAAGUCCCUUGAAAACAAACUUCGCAAUAACGGAUGCAGAUUUGCUAGUAUGAAAAAGUAUCUUUUUAUUUAUGAAGACAAAAUUCCUAAAGACUGAAUUUCUACUGGUUGAAUAACCACAAUAGAAUGUGAAACAGAUACUGUUAAUAGUGAAAAACAUUCUCUCUUCAGCCAAUAAAAUACUUUGAAGCUCUGGA